AUGGUACCUAUUAUGUUUGAUGAAUUAAAUGUGUUCACAUUUCCUCAUAGUCGUAUGAGAAAAUUAUUAAAUUGUUGUACUUCAGAAUUUGGUCAUACAGAUUUUACAAGUUUAAAUGAUUUUGAAGAAUUAUUAAUACGUUUACAACGAAUAUUUACAGAAUUUAUGGCACAUGAAGAAAUUGAAAAUCAUUUAGUUAUGAAAAAAUUAAAGAAAAAAUUAAAACAAAAUUCUCCAAUUGAUGAUAGUGAACUUAUUUGUAAUUGUCAUAAAGUUGAUCGUUUUACACCAUUAAUGACUUUAUUUCGUGAUGGUUAUGCAUUUAUAAGAAGAGGAAAUGCUGAUAGAAUGUCUUAUGGUGUUAAAUUACAUAAAGCAAUGAGAAAUUUUUAUAAAGAUUUUGUACCACAUAUGAAUGAAGAAGAAAAUGAUAUUCAACCAUUGCUUUCAAAAUAUUUUACUGAAAUUGAAAUAAAAAUGAUGCGAACUGAAAUUAUUAAAAUGACUUUACAAAAACGAGAAAGUUCAACAAUUAAUUUGAUUUAUCAAAUUGAACGACCAUUGAAAAUUUAUGUAAUAUCAUAUGAAAGAUUAACAUCAAUUAAUAAUUUAUCAAAUAAUAAUUUAGAAUAUAUUAUGAAAUAUUUAAAUGAUCGACAAUUAAAACAAUCUUGUAUUACAGUUAAUAAACAAUGGAAUCAAUGUGCAUUAAAAGUUCUUAAAAAUCGUUGUCCAAUAUCACAAAUUCCUGAUGAAAUAUUAUUACGUUUAUUUAAAUAUUAUUUAAAUCCAUAUGAUUUAUUUCAUUCUUGUAUUAAUGUUAAUAAACAAUGGAAAUAUAUUAUAAAAGAAAAAACAAUUUGGAAUAUUGUUAAUCCUAUUAAUUGGUCAAGAGGUCAAUGGGAUUCAAAUAUUUCAUUAGAAGAAACAAAUAUUAAUCAAAAUCAUUAUGAUUUAUUUAAAAUGAACGAAAUUCGAAUAUUAUCUGGUUUUGUUAAUUAUUUUUUACCUGAAUAUGGUUGUUCAAUUUGA